AUGUCUGGUGGCGGUAAGAGUGGUAAAGGCUUGGAGAAGGGAGGUGCCAAGCGCCAUCGUAAAGUGCUUUGGGAUAAUAUCCAAGGUAUUACCAAGCCAGCUAUUCGUCACUUGGCUCGACACGGUGGGGUGAAGCGUAUUUCGGGGUUGAUCUACGAAGAGACCCGGGGAGUGCUGAAGGUGUUCGUGGAGAACGUGAUCUGCGAUGCUGUCACUUACGCUGAACAUGCCAAGCGAAAGACUGUAAUGGCUAUGGGUGUGGUUUAG